AUCCCUGGCUAGGGAGCACCUCUGCCUGCUCGCUUCUCUCCUUGUCCCUGCAGUCUCCACCAGUAAUCUUCAACACUGAUCCCUAGGUCAGCAAUACUUCCUAAUGUUGAGCAGCGUGUGGGCAGCUCUGGGGCUCUCUCUGACCUGCAUCUUGGCCCUCAGCCUCAUCUCCCCUGCCUGCUUCCAGACCCCGACCUUCUCCUUUGGCAUCCUCACCUACUGCUCCUGGCCUCAGGGCAACAGCUGGAACCAAAGCUGAAUGACCUUCAGUUCCCUGGAGGACAUUCCUGACUUUGCCUGGAAGGUCUCAGCUGUGAUGCUCCUUGGAAGCUGGCUCCUGCUGGCCUUCAAUGCAAUUUUCCUCCUGUCCUGGGUUGUGGCCCCUAAAGGGCUGUGCCCACGGGGAAGCAGUGGUCCAAUGCCAGGGGUACAGGCAGUGGCAGUCACUGCCAUGAUUGUGGGUCUGUUGGUUUUCCUGAUCGGCCUGGCCUCUCCAUUCGUCAAGGAAGUCUGCGAAGCCUCCUCCGGUGGGAAGUGCCAGCUGGGUUAGGGUUACAUAACCGCUAUCCUCAGUGCAGUCCUGGUCAGACUCCUGUCCAUCAUCAGCUGGCCCCACACAACCAAGGUCCAAGGGAGAACCAUCAUCUUCUCCAGUGCCACCAAGAGAAUCAUCCUAGUGCCAGAAAUGAACAAAUACAAAUCUCCUGGGAGGAGCACACUCCAGAGUGUUAUGAAAUCAUGAUGUAGCCAAAUUCAAAUCCCACCUUUGCUCCUUCCUGCUGUGUGACUUCAGGCAAGCCACUUUACCUCUCUGGAACUGUUUUUUCUUCUGGAAAAUGAAAGUUGCAAUCAUGCUUACCUCAUAAGGUUGCUGUGAGAAUUCACUGGAAAUACUCUAGGCAAAUAAAGCACUUUGCACCAUG